ACUAGAGCAAUUUCUACCUGCGUUUAUUCACUUGUGUGUGAAUUUGCCGAUUGAUCAGCUUCUUUUUCUGAGAUGGCAAAUGCUUUGUUCUCUUUCUCUCCAUUCGACUUCAGCGGAAUCCAAGGUGAUUGUAGUCCCUUCGAAGAUUAUAGGAUGAAAGAAAAGCAAGACCCUUUGUUUUCAAUGGAAGAAUUGGGGCAGGUUUAUCCUUUAUGUACUGAAUAUGGUGCUUAUCAGGAUAAAGGUUUACAUUUCUUUAAAGAUCAGCAGCCGCCGCCGCCGCCAACGCUGCCUCCAAAAUCAAAUUGUUUGACAUUGGAUGAAUAUUUUGAUUCUUGUUUCCCUGUACCAGCGCAACAGAUGCAGGAAGUAAAGAAGUCUGAGAAUAUUGCCAAAUCCGGUCAUCCAUUUGCUCUAUCCUCAUCUCUGGAGCUUCUCAACAAUUAUGGAAGUGGUAUCAAGAAAUUGAACCAGAACCAGAAUCAGAACCAAUUCAGCAAUGUAAGCAGCGAAACUAUUGUAGAGGCUCGAAAAAAAUUAUCGACCGAGGAGAUUAUGAGAGUAGCUGGAGCAAGGUAUAUACAAUUCUCUGAUCAAAGAAAUGAUGAUUUCUCUAUGCUUAUGCACCCUUUUGGCUAUGCUCUCUCUGGCCUGUCUGAAGAAGAAUCUAGGGAUGUUGAACUGGCUCAUCUUCUUCUUGCUUCUGCUGAGAAAGUAGGUUACCAACAGUUUGAUCGCGCAAGCCGAUUGCUUUCACGCUGUGAAUGGAUUUCAUCUGAGCGAGCUAAUCCAGUCCAGAGAGUUGUGUAUUGCUUCGCAGAAGCUCUUCGAGAAAGGAUUGACAAGGCGACCGGAAGGUUCACACCAAAGAAGAGAAGUGCUAAAUGUGAUGGGUUAAUUAGUACCAACCUUGCUUGCCUUAGUGUUCAUCAAAAAGUUCCUAUUAAUCAAAUCACACAGCUCACAUCAAUCCAAGCUAUCCUCGAAAACAUGGGAUCAGCAAGGAAACUCCAUCUGAUUGACCUUGAAAUCAGAAGUGGCGUUCAAUGGACGGCUAUGAUGCAAGCUCUGGCAGAGCGUGAACAGCGCCCACUUGAACAUCUCAAAGUAACUGCUGUGUGCUUAGCAAGCAACCAGAAGAAUACAGAAGCCACUGGUGGGAGGUUAGAAAGUUUUGCCAAAUCUAUGAACUUGCCUUUCACAUUCAAGUUAGUUAAUGUAACAACCAUGAACGACAUCAAGGAAGAGCUAUUUGAAAUCGCAGCCGAUGAAUCCCUUGUUGUCGUUUCUAAUUCGUUUCUAAGAUCGUUUAUCCCAAACCCCGAUUGCUUGGAAAAUUUAAUGAGAGUGAUCAAAAAUCUUAAUCCAUCAAUGAUGAUUGUUGCUGAAGUCGAAGCAAAUCACAAUUCGCCUAUAUUCGUGAACCGGUUCAUUGAAGCAUUGUUCUUCUAUAGCGCAUAUUUUGAUUGCCUGGAAACCUGCAUGGAUCAGAACCUUGAGCAUAAAUCAGCAAUCGAAGCAUUAUUCUCUAAAGGGAUCAGAGAAACUUUAGCAUUGGAUGACAACGAAAGAUUGACUAGAAACGUGAAGAUUGAAGUUUGGAGAGCAUUUUUUACAAGAUUUAAAAUGGUAGAAAUAGGAUUUAGUGAGUCAUCUCUGUACCAAGCUAGUUUGGUUCUUAAGCAAUACCCUUGUGGGAGUUCAUGUACUCUUGAUAAAAAUGGGAAGUGUUUAAUUCUUGGGUGGAAGGGAACGCCAUUGCAUUCCCUUUCAGCUUGGAAGUUCUCUAGAGAGAGACUAGGGAGGUUCUUUGCAAAUUAUAGAUUCUGAAUCUAAGCCUGUAUUUUAUUAACUCUUUUGUGCUUUUGAGAUAAUUUCGAGUCUCUGUUGAACUGAA